CCUCGAGUCAUAUAUUCUUCGAUGAGCGGUCAACUUCGAUGUUACAGGUUACCUAUACAGCCGUUCGCCAUGGCAGCAGCUCCGAGGCUCCUUGUCUUUCUCUUGGGUUCAUGCAUCUGUGGUAUCUAUGGCAACUACCGCGCUGCUCCCAGAGUGCAUCUGUCUUUCAAAGAACUGAUGGAAACCAAAACCAUCCGGCCCUUCAGCUUCUCCUUCAACACCAGUGACUACCGCAUCCUGCUGAUGGACCAGGACCAGGGGCGGCUCUACCUGGGCAGCCGCGAGUACCUGGUGGCCCUAGACAUGCAGAACAUCAACAAGGAGCCACUCAUAAUCCACUGGCCUGCCACCUCCCAGAGGAAAGGGGAGUGCCGCAUGACAGGAAAAGGAGGACAGGGGGAGUGUGCCAACUUCGUCCGUCUGAUUGAGCCGUGGAACCGCACCCACCUGUACACCUGCGGCACCGGCGCAUACAGGCCCGUCUGUACCUUCAUCAACAGGGGCUGGAAGGCUGAGGACUACCUCUUCCGCCUGGUCCCGGGGUACCUGGAUUCCGGGAAGGGAAAGUGUUCCUAUGACCCCAAUCAGGAAAAUGUAGCAGCCAUCAUCAAUGGGAAUCUCUAUGCUGGAGUCCACGUUGACUUUAUGGGCACAGACCCGGGGGUCUUUCGGACCAUGGGGGGCAGACCGGCAGUCAGAACUGAACAGUAUGACUCCAGAUGGCUUAACGAGCCAGUGUUUGUUCAGAUUCAGCACAUCCCUGACAGCUCAGAGAGGAAUGACGAUAAGCUGUACUUUUUCUUCCGUGAGAAGAGUCUGGACGCUGGGGGCGGGGCCAGUCCCAGUGUUCUGGCCAGGGUGGGGCGCGUGUGUCUGAAUGAUGACGGGGGUCAGAAGUCACUUGUGAACAAGUGGACAACCUUCCUGAAGGCGCGGCUCGUGUGCUCUGUGAUCGGGGAGGACGGGGUAGAAACCUACUUCGAUGAGCUGAGGGACGUUUUCAUUCAGCCCACUCAAGACGAGCGCAAUCCUGUUGUCUAUGCUGUCUUUUCUACUGCCGGCUCCGUGUUCAAAGGCUCAGCGGUGUGCGUGUACUCCAUGGCCGAUAUCCGCAACGUGUUCAACGGCCCCUUUUCCCACAAGCACGGCCACAACUACCAGUGGACGGCAUACACUGGCAAGAUCCCCUACCCCCGCCCCGGCACAUGUCCAGGCGGCACCUUCACCCCAGACCUGCGCUCCACCAAGGAGUUCUCGGACGAGGCCAUCAAUUUCGUGCGCACCCACCCCCUCAUGUACCACCCCGUCUACCCGCUCCACAAGCGCCCCCUGGUGGUACGCACGGGGGUGGACUACCGCUUCACCACCAUUGCAGUGGACCUGGUGGACGCAGUGGAUGGGAGGUACGAGGUGCUCUUUCUGGGAACAGAUCGUGGAACAGUCCAGAAAGUGAUAGUUCUUCCUAAGGAUCCCAGCACUAUGGAAGAGCUCAUUUUGGAAGAAGUUGAAGUUUUCAGGACCCCAGCACCAGUGAAAACAAUGAGAAUUUCCUCCAAAAGGCAACAACUGUACGUGUCGUCCGAAGCGGGGCUGACGCAGGUGUCCCUGCACAGAUGCCCUGUCUACGGGAAGGCCUGCUCUGACUGCUGCCUGGCCCGGGACCCGUACUGUGCGUGGGACGGGGAGAACUGUUCGGCCUUCACCCCCGCCACCAAGAGGAGGAGCAGGCGGCAGGACAUUAAGCAUGGAGACCCACUGCGCCAGUGUAGGGGUUUCAACGCCAAAGAGAAUCGCCUGAGAGAGACGGUGCAGUUUGGGGUGGAGGGAAGCAGCACCUUUCUGGAGUGUCAGCCCAGGUCUCCCCAGGCCACGGUCAAGUGGCUCUUCCAGAAGGAUGGCAGGCGCAAAGUGCUGAACCGGGACAGAGAGGUCCUGAAGACGGCUCACGGCAUCCUGCUGAAGUCAGUGACCCAGUCGGACGCCGGGCUGUACCACUGCCUGGCCACCGAGAACAAGUUCAAGCACACGGUGGCCCGGGUGGCCCUCCGCAUCCUGGACCGCGAGAUCGUGGAGGCUCUCACCUCCCCUGACGCCCCUCCCGAACAGCACUACCCCCCGCCCCCACCACCGCCCCCCCAGACCUUCCCCCCGCAGCCGGAGGUCCGCCUUAUAAACCAGUACUGCCAGUCCUACUGGCAGCAGCUGCACCCCAAACAGCCCAAACGCACUAGCAGGAGGCACACAGAGGGCCUGAGCUCAGAGCCGGACUACUGA